AGCUGUGAGAGGAGUAGUGAGGAGCUGUGAGAGGAGUAGUGAGUAGUGGUGAGAGAAGCAGUAAGAGGAGCUGUGAGGAGCAAUGAGGAGCAGUGAUAGGGGUGUUGAGAUGAGUGGUGAGGAGUGAGAGUAUCUAGCAUGUGAUUUUAAAACCAAUAAAAGCAUUUUUUAGAAUCAUAUCAGCUUUGUGUGUCUCGGAUUCUCCAAUUUUUAAAUCUCUUUGAUGUGAAGAUCAUCUAAUCUCCUAAAACAUCACUAAUCUCAUCAGCAGUGAGCAUCACUUUGCUGAGGAGGAGAGAAACUCUGCUCUGUUACAGUGAGUUAUUCUGUUUCUCAGUAAUGAUCCCCACUGGUGUGAAGUGUGAAGCCAAAAACAUGCUUUAAAUCUCUUUAUUAAAAACAGACUCGACUCGGCUCAGUGACGCGCAGACCCACACCAUCAUCUCAGGAGGUUGGAAAUUACACAAUCAAUUACACAAUUCAUCACACAGGAACACACUCGAACCAUCAAUUAUACACUCUGAUAUGUGUGUGAGUGGGAUAAAACAUCCUACACAACAUUACGGGAGUGCUGCAACUAUAACCCCGCCCCUUAAUAUAACCCCGCCCCUUUCAAUAACAUGAAGAACGUUUCACACAUGUUAAAGCACCAACAAAUUUCACUGAUUUACAAUAAGUGCUUUCCAAUCCUGUCUUUAAUGUUCCCUCAUUUACUUCAGUUCUUCACUACCACUUGGUUGAAACCCUGUUGCCAUCGUAAAGAUGUUUUAUUUCUGACUGAACUCAGGUGAAGUCUGUGAGUACUGAAGGAAGGUUUGAUUCAUUAUACUGAACCGAUCCUUUCAAACUGUCCGUUUCAGUGAAUCAAACAUCUGAUUUCACUGAUUUAGUUUCUCCUGGAAUAUAAAAUCUAUUAAUUACAUUAUUAUACUUCUUGCUUCUUGCUUAUUUUAUUCCUUUCACUUUUCAUAUUUACUUUUAUCAGUUUAUUUGUAUUUUUUGUCAUAACUAUUCCCAGAAUUUAAUGAGGUUUUUGAUUAAAACACUGGAGCUUCUCUCUUUGAGUCUGGUCUUCUUUUUCUGCAAAAGGAAGAAGAAACACUGACAGUGAAACUACAAGAUGAAGUUAACAAAUUAACUUGACCAGAUUAAUAUCACUGUGUGUGUGUGUGUGUGUGUGUCUUGAUGGACGUUCUUGUCUCUGUGGAUUUCUGACUCAAUGUGCCACAUUACAUUCAAUUAAAGUGUGUUUAUUUUUCCAGUGUUAAGCCAAAGUGUAUUGUGCAAGAACACACACAUACAGUAUUUUCACACAGACACACACAUUCUGUUUUAUAAGUUAGAGUUCAGCUCCCAUGGGUUUCCAAACCAUUACAUAAUUUAAACAGAUUGUUUCUCACAGUAACAUUUGUUUAGCCAAUAAAACAUCCAUAACGCUUUCUAACAGAGGAACACGUCACUGUCGUUUUCACAUGUUGUGUUGUGUUGUGUGUCGAGCCGUGUUGUGUCGUACCGUAUCAUGCUGUGUUGUGUCAGGUCGUGCUGUUUCGUGCUGUGCUGAGUGGAGUCGUGUUGUGUUAUGUUGUGUUGUGUCAUGUUGUGUCGAGUUGAGUCGAAUCGAGUCAAGUUGUGUUGUGUUGUGUCGUGUUUUGUCAAGUCGAGUUUUGUCAAGUCAUGUUGUGUUGUUUGGCAUUAUGAUGAUGUGGAACUCGGUGAGUAUGAAGCAGUUCCUCGUUAAGCUGAGCGCUAAAGUUAAACAGUGUUUAUUAGGAACAUUUGCGUACAUGAUGCUUACUUCAAUAAAAGCGAACAUGAGCAGAGAGCCAAUUAAAUUCACUGCAGUCAAAUGUAAGCCACAUGUUGGUGAGAGAGAGAAUCGAGACACCGCUGAGCUGGAUUAAAAAAAAAAUGUGAGAAAACUCACUUUUCACUUCUUAUUUCACUCCUUAUAUCAGUCCUGUCCCAUCUGAAAUAUUUCACAUUAGUGAUAAUAACUAACACUCCUGAGGGUUUAAAACAUGACAUCAACUAACAUCUUGUAUGUGAUAAGUGAUUAAUAAAUUUAUAAAUGCUAGCAUAUGAAAUGCUAAAUUCUAAACAUGAAACAGUAACACACACACACACACACACACAACUGGCGUGUGUAAUUCUGUAGAUAAUAUUGAGAUAUUAACCUCAGAAACAAAAUUAAAUCUUUUGACUUUUUUAGGUUUUUUUUUGUACAAAAGUUUUUUUUUUUUGGUUUGUUUUAGUCAAAAGGGGGUAAAAACUUUCUCUCUCUCUCUCUCUCUCUCUCACACACACACACACACACACACACACACACACACACACAUGGUAACGACAAUCCGCUUUCACACCUCAUUAAUGUACAAUCGCAGCAUGCAGGGGGCGGAGCUUCAUGGUGGUCAUAUAGUGGUUUCACCAAAUCUCAGCCAAUCAAAUAGCAGAGACUUUUACCUCACCAUGCACAGCCUCCACACACACACACACACACACACACAUUUACAGUCCAGUGCAGCAGCAAUAACCUCUUUCUAUUCCAUCAGUGUUUCACUGAUCAGUUUCCCACCAUCUCCCUGCAUUAAUGUGUGUGUGUAAUCUCACUGGACCUCUGUAUGUGCAUGCAUCAUUCUUCUGGUCAUUCCUCCAACAUAUAUUUCACUUACACACACACACACACACACACACACGUUCCUGUCAGUGGUCUGUAAGUAAUUACGGUGUUUUCCUCUGAGAGGUUUCCUGUCUUUGGUCUCUGAGCUUUAAAAACGUUUCAGCUGUUAAAUACCUGCAGGCAAAAAUGUAGCACCAGUGUGACGCGAAGCUUUCAGCCUUUUAGUGAGUAAUAUUUAUUUCUAAUGCUUUUAUAACUGAGACCUAUAAUGUGCUUCAUUAUAGAAAAUUGGAAUUAAAACACACAUCACACAAAUUAAUAUAAAGUAGCCUUUUGCAUGAGACACGGAUGUGAGUGUAAUCUACUGUACUCAUCUCAUAACAUACUCCUUUUAUGUUGCAGCUGAGUCAGCCAUAAAACUCACACUACCAUCUAAAUAAUAAUAAUAAUAAUAAUAAUAAUUAUUAUUAUUAUUAUUAUUAUUAUUAUUAUUAUUAUUAUUAUUAUUAUUAUUAUUGUGAUUGUGAUUGUGAUUGUAAUUAUUAUUAAAGACAUUUCUCCCAAAAGAGAGAUGGUGGAAAAGGUGCAUGCAUGGACGCAGACACACACAUACACACACACACACACAUAGUUUUAUAGUCCCUCCCAGAGGAGGUGUGUGUGUGUGUGUAUGUUGGGGGUGCAGUGAGACCACACAGUGUGUUAAAGUGACAGUAAACUGAUAUUUUGAAGACGUGUAAAAAGCUGAUUUACUAACAGACUCUGCAGACGAUUUUGUAUUUCACACGAUCAAAAUAACACGUGUUUGCUUUAACGCAUGUAGAAUUUGGAGAAUUUCAGUUCAAUUCAAUUUUAUUUGUAUAGCAUUUUUAACAAUGGUCCUUGUCACAAAGCAGCUUUACAGAAAUAUAUAAAUUCAGGAUAUAAAUUUUAAAUUUCUGAAUUUAUCCCUAAUGAGGAAGCCAGAGGUGAUGAGAGGAACCAGACUCAGAAGGGAACCAUCCUCAUCUGGGUGACACGCGAUAGUGCGAUUAUAAAUCAUUCCUCUUCUAUAACUGUGUACUACAGAGGCAAGCAGUAGUGAGUGUGUUGAAAAUAUCAUAACUACAAGGAUCAGGAUCAUUUUCAAUUUCAUUAGAUUUUUUAGCUUUACGUCUAAAAUGUCCAAUUGAAGUUAUCCAGUGUAUAAUGAAUGAGCCUUGAGCGUAAACUGUUUUUAGCAAGUGCAAUCCUUAGGCAAUCCAAGAGCGAGAGAUUCUCAGGUGAAGGAGGCUCCAAGCAGAAGAAAAGCAGCAGGAUGGAAGCAGGACUGGAGGGAAGAAAGAGUCAGGAUCAGUGGCAAUGACAGCAGGAGUAACAUGUAGCUCAACAGAGAGAGAGAGAGAGAGAGAGAGAGAGAGAGAGAGAAAACAGAUCAUUAGGUAUGCUCUUUGUCCUAUAGUGGUUUAAAAUGGUUUACAGUGUGAUCAGAGUGCAACUGGUGACUCAAAAUAGAAAUGUCUUUUCUCUAUUGAAAAGUAAAUUGCGUUAGUUGGUACAUCCAACCGAAAAAUCUCUUACGACUCUUAUGAAAAACACACACUGUAACUUUUAUCCUCAUCCAGAAUUGUGUGAAUAUGCAAAUUAGAAAAGGACCCCACUUGAUACACCCACUGUUUUCUGUUGAUUAGAAAAUCUUAAAUGUAUCAGUACAAUAAAAUACAUUAUUAAUAAUAAAUAAUCAUGAUUUUAAGCAAAAUAAUGUGAUUAUGAUUUUUUUUUCUAAUUGUGCAGGUUUACAGUGAGUGCAGCGCUUUAGAGCCUCACGUCACUGAGAGACUUUAUAUCAGUCUUACAGCUCCAUCCAGUGGUCACUCAAAGUAAAUCACUCCACUGAUAUUCCAUAAAAUGUAAUAAUUAUAGAGUGCUGUGGGCGGCAUGGUGGUGCAGCAGGUAGUGUUGUCUUCUCACAGCUCCAGGAUUUGCUCCUGAGCUCGGGUUACUGUCUGUGUGGAGUUUCACAUCUUCUCUUCAUGUCCAUGUGAGUUUCCUCUGCGUUCUCUGGUUUCCUCCCAAAAAAAAUGUGCUCCUAUGUGUGAAUGUGUCAUUGCAUGGUGAUGGACUAUUGUCCCAUCCAGGGAGUAGUCCUACCUCAUGCCCUGUGUUCCUGGGAUAAACUCCGGAUCCACCGCCACCCUGAUGGGGAUAAAGUGAGUGAGUGUGAGUUCUGACUUUCUACAGUUGAGUGGAACGUCACUCACAUGUUUGAAUUCUGCGGUAACAAAGACACAGAAACCAGAAACAAAAUCUGUGUGCUUGAAGGCAAGUACACAAGGGGAGGGGUUUAGAUACAGUGUGUGUGUGUGUGUGUGUGUGUGUGUGUGUGUGUGUGUGUGUGAAUGAUGACUUUAAGUGCCUAUGCAGCUGUGAAACAAGUCAUUCAAGGCAGCUGGGAGGGUACAGAGUGAAGUGUGUGUGAUAAUAAUGAAGAUAACACUGUUGAUGUUGCUCAUGAUUUUAAACCUUUCGUCUUUAAAACUGACCAAACACACCGGAGUGUUCGCUCCCGGCAAUAUCAUCAUUGGGGGGCUUUUUCCCAUCCACACCACAGUGGAGCAGCCAGGUAACUUUUCUGAUCUCGAGACUGCCUGCACUAUGUGAGUAACACACACACACACACACAUCUUAUUUACACAUUUGUAAAUUAAUCUGACUGUGCUAUAUUUUCAUUUGAUGUCACUGAAAGUGAUCAUGAAUGUAAUUUUCUUCUUAUUUAACGGCCUUGGAGAUCCUUAUAUUAUACACAUUUUUUUCUUCCAUGACUCAGUAAUUAUACUGCAACUUUAAUUUUGUUUUUAUUUUUUUUCUAGUUUAACUUUUAGUUUAAUAAUGUUGCUCCAUGAUGAAGGACUCUGCAGCACAGUCAGCUCCAGAAUUAUUGGCACUCUUAGUAAAGAUUGAAAAAAAAAAAGUUUAUGAGAAAAAUAAAAUGUUCUAUGGUGAGAUGAGUCAAAAAAAUUAAUAACAAGUCAAGGUUGGUUUGGCAUGAAAAGAAGGAUGGUUCUACAGAAAAGAACUUGAUCCACACUGUUAAGUCUGAUGGGGGAUCUGCGAUGAUGUGAAGCUGUUUUUCCUGCAAAGGUCCUGACAACUUUGCUAGGUUGAAUGACAUAACAGACUCCAUGAUUUUAAGUUAAAAAGUUACAAAUCCACACAGAAAUUGUUCACUGACUACAGAAUCAAGCUCUUUUUAUGUAAUUUGAAUAAAUAAGAAAAAAACCUCAAAAGUGAUUGGGAGCCGCUGUAACAGACAGCCACUCGUGCGGCGCCACCGGAAGUCAGCAAAUCUUUGGUAACCUCCCAUCUCAUGGGACCAGUGCAAUAAUGCAGGGUCACUUUAACACGGUUGUGUGUUUGUGUUUUUGUGCAUUCUUGGUGUGUCUCUUAUAUUUUUAUACUUUUUUUUCCUUUUUUUAAAUAUACUUUUUAUAUCUUUAUAUCUUGACAGCUUCUCUAUCUUUUUAUAAUCAGAUUGUAUAUAAUUACUGUUAGAAGUAUUAUGUCUCCUAUCCUUUGCUGCUGUAACAAUGCAAAUUUCCCCAUUGGGGGACAAAUAAAGGAUCAUCUUAUCUUUUCUUAUCUUAAAUUUACUUCAAUAAAAUUUAUUUCUUGUAUAUUUUAGUGUGACAUUAAAGCUAAUUAACCACAAGACAUUUUUCAUAACAUUUUUGCUCAUCUUUACCAAGGGUGCCAAUAAUUCUGGAGCUGCCCAUAGCAGAGUUGAUAUGUUGAUAGACUGAUUAUUAUUACUGAUUAUUAUUACUUUGCAGCCUGAGUCCGGCCGGUCUGGCUCAUUCCCUGGCCAUGAUCCACGCAGUGGAAUCUGCAAACCUCUCACCUGCAUUAACACACCUGGGCAUCACUCUCGGAUAUCACAUCCACGACACAUGUUCCGACGUCACCACCGCGCUCAGAGCCACCAAGGAUUUUACUGACGACUGCACAUCUGGAACAAACACAUCUCAAUACAUCCGGCCCGUGAAAGCAGUGAUCGGCGCGUACCAUUCUGAGACAUCCAUCGCUGUGGCAAGAAUGCUCAACCUGCAGCUCAUACCUCAGAUCAGUUACGCUUCCACAGCGGAUAUUUUGAGCGAUAAGAGUCGUUUCCCAGGUUUUUUGCGCACCGUUCCAAGCGACGUGCACCAGACGAGUGCCAUGGUUCAGCUCCUGAGUGAGAGGAAGUGGACCUGGGUGGGCUUCCUGACCACGGACGGAGACUACGGACGUGCUGCUUUGGACAGUUUCAUUUCUCAGGCAACUAAAGCCGGCAUCUGUGUGGCCUUUACAGAAAUCCUCCCUGACUCUCUGAGUGAUAAACACAAGCUGGAGGCCACAGUCUCUCACACUGUUCGCACCAUCCAAACAAACCCAACCGUGAGAGUCAUCGUGUCAUUCGCCAAACCAGAACACAUGAAGAGUGUGUUCAGUUUGCUGAUGGAGCUCAGUGCAGACCAGCGGCUCUGGAUCGCGAGUGAUAACUGGUCCACGGCGGGAGACGUGCUCAGUCCUGAUCAGCUGGAACGUGUUGGAUGGGUGCUGGGCUUUUCAUUCAAGAACAAAAACAUCGCAAAUUUUGAGGAAUAUGUAAAACAUUUAAAACUGAACAGCGAUGCUCAGAGGAACAACUCAUUUCUCAAAGAGUUUUAUUCCUCUUUUGCAACCUCAGUGAAUGCAAGUGAGGCUAAUGUUUCCGCCACUACAGAUAAGCUGAUUGCAAGUGCUCAGGUGGGCGUGGUGUUCAGCGUUCAGAUGGCGGUGAACGCGAUCGCUCAGGCGGUGGCCCUCAUCUGCAAAGACAUCGACUGCAUGGCUUCAGGAGCUGUAAAACACCAAGAGCUGCUGUCUGUGUUGAGGACCAGAAGCUUUGAGUUGGAUGGCAUCUCGUAUGUGUUUAACAAGGAUGGGGACAUUAACCUUGGUUAUGACGUCUCUCUGUGGAACACUGACGGAAUAAACAUGGAGACACUGAAUGUUGUAUCUCAUUAUCAUCCGUCAGACAGCAGCCUGAACACCACCGCCUUAACGCUGAGCUUGGUGUCUAAAUGCUCAAAUAGUUGUGAACCGGGAAAAUUUAAAAAAAGUGCUGAAGGUCAACACACCUGCUGUUAUGAGUGUAUCGACUGCGCAGAGAAUCAGUACACCAACAACACAGACAUGGAUCAGUGCUACAGCUGUGAGGUGAACAGUGAGUGGGCGGAGUCAGGCAGUUCAGCAUGUAAGAAGAAGGAGGUGGAGUUUUUCUCCUGGAGUGACCCCUUCGCUGUGGUGUUGGUCUCUCUCUCAGUUCUCGGUGUGGUUGUGGUUUUCGCUGUAUCGGUUCUUUUCUUGCAGCACCAAGGUUCUCCAGUGGUCAAGGCAGCCGGCGGCUCACUGUGUCAUCUAAUCCUGGUGUCUCUGAGCGGAAGCUUCGCGAGUGCCAUGCUGUUUGUGGGAAAGCCAACUGAUGUGCAGUGUAAAGUACGUCAGGUGCUUUAUGGCCUCAGUUUCACUGUGUGUGUGUCCUGCAUCCUGGUCAAGUCUCUGAAGAUCCUGCUGGCGUUCCACAUGAACCUGAUGCUAAAGCAGCUGCUCCGUCGCCUCUAUAAGCCGUACACUAUCGUGAGCAUGUGUGUGGCAUUUCAGGUUGUGACCUGUGCAUGCUGGCUGAUUCUGAAAAGCCCUAAAACAACAUCUACCGUGUUUCUCAGGAGUGUCCUGGAGGAGUGUGAUGAGGGUUCGUAUGUGGCGUUUGGAGUGAUGCUGGGUUAUGUCGCGCUGCUGGCACUCGUGUGCUUUGUCUUUGCUUUCCAAGGACGCAAACUUCCACAGAAAUACAAUGAGGCAAAAUUCAUCACCUUUGGUAUGCUCAUCUACCUCAUCGCAUGGAUCAUUUUCAUCCCUACAUACGUCAACACAAAGGGGAAAUACCUCUCAGCCGUGGAGAUGAUCGUCAUCCUGAUCUCCAGCUAUGCUGUCCUGAGCUGCCACUUCCUCCCAAAGUGUUACGUCAUCUUAUUCAGAAAGACGCAGAACACCAAAGAUGCCUUUGUUAAGAGCAUUUAUGAAUAUUCCAAAAGGACCGUGGGAAAUCUGCGUCCACCACAAAGAGAGAAAAAUUCACAAAAGUCAACAUAUGCCACGUCCAACCCGAGUUUUGUUCCUGAAAACAUGACAUAGAAAAGCAAAUAUAAAAUCACAUACAGUUAAGCACAUGAGCACGUAAAAACAUCAUACAAUGUCAUGCUUUUAUUUUAGCAUUUGUUUUUAUUUUAUUUUAAAUCAGACAGCAGGGAGAGGAGAAUUUAUACAGUGUAGGGAGACAAAACAGACUGCCAGCUAGAGGAUUACAAAACCCUCAAUUCAAACUUCUCCAUUAAACCUCUAGAUUAAAAACAUUUGUUACAAAUCUCAGUUAAAACACUCAUGCCUGACACAAAAACAUCUCAGCUGAUUAACACUGAACUUUUCCUUUUCCUUUACGUGUUUGUUGCUCUAAAAUUCAUCAUGCUUAUCACAUUCAUCUCUUUAGAGAAUUAUUAGCAAACUGGAACCACAAGAAAUGGGAAAAUAGAAGAAGCAACUGAACUGAACCAGAGUCAGAAAACUUUCACACAGAAACUCAAGACGAUCACAGAUUCAGACUUAAACACUGACAGAAGAAUUAAUAUAAACCACACACACACACACACACACACACACGUAGCUGGUAUGAGAUUAGGUACAACGGAGUACGGGCCUUUCAUUGUUACAUUUUCUGACUGAAGAGUUUAAUGUUAUUUUCUCUGUAAAUAUAAUUGCAGUAUAUUAUAUUUUUCGGUGAAGAUGUGUUCGCAUUUGUUAAGAAGUGAUUUAACGUAAAGGAACAAAUUAGCGGUGAUUGUUAAGUAACUGUUGAAAAUUCUGAAUAAAGAAUGAAAUAAAGACACAAAAACUCAAAGUGUGUGUGGUUUUGGUUUUGCCUCAAACUGGAAGCGCAGGUAGCGUGAGGGGAAAAUCCUGUAACAUCAUCGUGAUAAUCUUUACUGUCAGAUUCUUCACUGAUGAUGUCAUAAUGGUGUUUUGGCUAGAGGCUGUUUUUAGUGGAUUAAAUUUCAUCUC